GGAAUGCGAUUCACAUCGGUUAAUAAAGUGAAUAGAUAAGAGAAGAAUGCUCUAGGAAGAUGCAUAACUGUUUGUGCAUGCAGUAUAUGAGUGGUAAUAAAAAGAAUAUGGGAUAUUUUGAUGAUUCGGUAGUGGAAUGCGAGCAACAGAAAGAAAUGAAACUAUCAUAAGCUGGGAAAGAAAGAGAGAAAUGAAUCGUCUCAUAUAUGUAUGUUUCUCACUUGUACGUGGAAACAUUGCUGAGAUAUAGGAAAGGAGAUUGAAUGAUAGCUUUUUAUUAUGGAUGGCAAGGACUGGAUGAUGAUUUUGAAUAAGCAAACCAAUUAAAAAAAGUUAAAAAGAUUGAAUAAAAGCAAUUGUAUCAGACACUUUCAUGCAUUCGAGACAGGAGGGCGGGGCGGAGACGGUGUGACAGUGAGUCCGGGGCAUCUUUUGCAAUGAGUAUUUGUUAUCGCGAUUGGCGAGUAAGAAAAAGUGUGGAAAAAGUACUUUUGAGAAAAAAAAGAAGAAAUUGGAUGAGCAAGAAGAAGAAGAAGGAGCAAAAACAGUUGUUUGUUAUCAUUUUUAUUUUUAAUGUUUUCUUUUUCUAGGUGACGAAGAUAUGCUUUUUUGUUACACAGUUUAAUUCUUUCUUUCUGAUGACUGAAAAAAGAUAGCAGAUAAACAGAAGCUUUCCUUAUCACCAUAAUUUUUAUUAUUUUGAUUGACUCAUGUAUCAUUUCAAAAGUAAAUAUCAUCACGUUGACUUCAGACUCCAGUUCUUUUCUUCUCAAAAAACAACAAGAAAUCUUUUGCUUCUCCUCGUUAACCAGAAGAUAUGAAACUGUAUUUUAUUGUAGUCAUCAUGCAUCAAUAUAGAACAUUCGGCAGAGAGCGAGCCCCUUCUCACAUGCAUGUGCCAGUUUUUGCGCACUACAAUUCGAUAAAAACCGGCAUAUGCAUGUGAUGACGGGCUCGUUUUUUGCCUGAUGUCCUUGAAUUGAUGUGUUCUCUGUAUCGUCAUAGUCACAUUAAAUGCAGAAGCGCGAUACACCGCUACAGAACUAAAGCUAGAAGAAAACUUCUACACACCUUUUGAGUAUAAGAGUAUUUUUCGUCGCAUAUAUCCGUCACUACCAAACUCAACUACCACCAGACGCUCAACGACAUCAUCACAAAAUAAUACUAAUCGUGACAACUUUACUUUAAACCUAAGACGGGCAGCAAUACUUUUAGCAGGAAUAGCUUUAUGUCUAGGUAUACUACGCAUUUGUUUAAUGCUAUGUAAAGCAAAAUCAGCUAGUCAUUCUAGUACCAGCAGUACAUCUUCAACUCCCACAGCUUUAAGAAAUAAUGUAGGACAGCAACAACAACAACCGUCAGUCUCUCUAAUUAACCUUGAGCAUAAAUUAGAUCUACCACCAGCUUAUAGCGACGUAAUAACAAAAAUGACGCCGACGACUACAUCUUCUACUCCUGUUGUUCACCAUGAAAUUCUUCCAUCUUACGAAGAAGUGCAAAUUCAAACUGCAGGUUUACCUGAAAUUCACGACACGUCUAAUACAAUUCGAGAAAAUAGUAUUUCUAAUCAAGCUAGAGUAAUGUAUACUACUAAUAAUUGA